CAAAACAAAACAGUCUGCAAUCGGCGACUGUAAAGAACGAACGCUUACGAAUAUGUUGUGUUUUCAUUAAAUCCGCAUUUGAGAAGUCCGACUUGAAGCUGAAUCUACAACGCGAUACUAACGAGUAUACUCACACAUACAUAUAUUCAUGUAUAUAAAUAAAUAAAUAAUAAGAUAGCGGCAAAUUUAUUCGUACAUAGAGCAUCGUACGCUUGAUUAACGGAACGGAUCGGAACUACCACUAGUGGGACAAUCGCCUUUGUGCGUCAUGCGUCGUCCGCUGAUAAGCGUAGCUUCCAUUGACCAACACUUUCGUUUAUCAUUGGCGCGUAUUUUAAAAUAACAAAAACAAAAAAAAAAAAAAAAACCACACACAGAAUCUAUAUUGUAUAAAUCGUUUCUUAUCAACUCGUAUAAUAUUGGUCAGUGUCACGCUGCUUGGGAUCUAACUGUAAUCGCAUUCAAUGUUUAAUCAUCAAACAGGGGAGUUGUGAAAAACAUUUCUAUUGUGAAGCGCUGAAAAGUGAUUUUAAAAACUCGCGUGUCAUAGACACUCAUAGUAUAUAUAACAAGUGGCGAGCCCCUUUUUGCUUGACAGCACUACAUAGUUUGAAUAUUGAUAAAAAACAAGUGGAUAAACAGACUUUCAACACGUUUCUUAGCUUCACAGCGUUCAGUUUCCAGUUGCCCGCCAAGCGUUCCACAACAUGUCGCGCUUCAAAAGUUUAGUUCUCACAGUCAGUGUACUUUGCGCUUGUUUAGGUGGCAAUGCGCAGGAGGAUAAUACUUGGUCAUUGAAUUUUGGUGGUCUCUCGUUAUUGAAUAUUCCCCAAUUCGGCCGCUCGAUCAUUGAAGCUGUUGGUGUGAUCACUGAGAAUCCCUUAAACACAGUGGACAUUUUGCCACGACGUCCCGGUGCGAAAUCAAAUAUUCCAGAGGAUGCACAUCUUACAACGCCGGAAUUGAUAAAGAAGUAUGGAUUUCCUAUUGAAAUUCAUCACGUGGUCACCGAUGACGGUUAUAUUUUGGAACUACAUCGUAUUGCUCGACAAGGUGCUACGCCAGUUUUGCUAAUGCACGGUUUAUUAGACUCGUCAGCAACAUGGGUUAUGAUGGGACCUGAUAAAGGGCUUGGUUAUCUUCUCUACAAUACUGGCUAUGACGUAUGGAUGCCAAAUGUAAGGGGCAACACCUACUCCCGCAAUCACACCAAGUACAGCACAAGGCAUGCCAAAUUCUGGGAUUACACAUUCCAUGAAAUGGGCAAAUAUGAUCUUCCCGCAAGCAUUGAUUACAUUUUGGCGCAAACGGGUCACGAUCAAUUACAUUAUAUUGGUCACUCACAGGGCACCAUGACCUUUUGGAUAUUGUGUAGUGAGCAUCCUGAGUAUACUGAGAAGAUCAUUUUGAUGCAAGCAUUGGCGCCAGUCGCUUACGUAAAGCACUCCAAAAGUCCGGUGGUCGAAUUUUUGGCCUUCUUCCAGGAUCCUCUUAGUAUGCUCUUGAAACUGAUUGGUGCGCAUGAGUUCUUGCCCAGUAACGAGUUCAUGACAAUGUUCAGUGAAAUGGUCUGCGACGAAGACACUUUUACAUUGGAUAUUUGUUCGGAUGUGCUAUUUUUGAUGGCCGGUUUUGAUAAAGCACAGGCGAACGAGACAAUGCUCCCAGUUGCACUCGGUCAUUCGCCGGCCGGUGCUUCUACAAAGCAAAUGCAGCACUUCGGUCAAUUGAAACGAUCAGGACAUUUCCGUCAGUUCGACCACGGUUGGAUACGUAACUACUGGAUUUACAACAAUGUGUUACCGCCGGAGUAUCACUUUGAGAAUGUCCGCAACAAGGUGGCGCUACAUUACUCUCAAAACGAUUGGCUGGCUACUCCGACCGACGUCGAACAACUACAUCUUCAGCUGCCAAAUGUGAUUGGCAAAUUUUUGGUGAGCUAUCCAAGUUUCAAUCAUUUGGACUUUGUUUGGGGUGUGGAUGCGCGCGAAUUGCUUUACGAUCGUGUCUUGCGAUUAAUGAGUUUAGUCGAGCGUGGCGAACUUUAAAAUACAUUACAGUUAUAUUUUUUAUUAUUUUAUUAAAUUAAGUUAGUUGGUAAGGUAGUAACAAAUGUGAACUGAAGUGGAAGUGAGAAGUUGCAUGUACCUAAAGUUUGAAGGUAUGGAGUAUAUCUUCUAUGUUGGUAUUAUGGUUUUGUUUAUACAUAAUUUUAGUAUUUGUUAUUUUUUAUCAAGUACCUAAUAUUGACAGUGUUAGUCGCCAUGGAUAUAGUUAUUUAUUUUACACAUGUAUAUUUUAUGUUGGUGAGAAAAUUGAAUGUCAAACCAAAAUAUCUACAAUAAAGCAUUCCAAGUGAAAUAAUGAAAAUGUAUAAGUAAACUGUACAUAAGAGUAAAA